AUGGAUCUCCCUGCUUCAGGUGACCAGAAGUCAGCUGCUUCUCAGAAGCCCCGGAGCCGGGGCAUUCUCCACUCACUUUUCUGCUGCGUCUGCCGGGAUGAUGGGGAGGCCCUGCCCACCCACAGUGGGGCACCUCUGCUCGUGGAGGAAAAUGGAGCUGUCCCCAAGACCCCAGUCCAGUACCUGCUCCCUGAAGCCAAGGCCCAGGACUCAGACAAGAUCUGCGUGGUCAUCGACCUGGACGAGACCCUGGUGCACAGCUCCUUCAAGCCAGUGAACAAUGCUGACUUCAUCAUCCCAGUGGAGAUCGAUGGGGUGGUCCACCAGGUCUAUGUGCUGAAGCGGCCCCACGUGGAUGAGUUCCUUCAGCGAAUGGGCGAGCUCUUCGAGUGCGUGCUGUUCACCGCCAGCCUCGCCAAGUACGCAGAUCCAGUAGCUGACCUGCUGGACAAGUGGGGGGCCUUCCGGGCACGGCUGUUUCGUGAGUCGUGUGUCUUCCACCGAGGGAACUACGUGAAGGACCUAAGCAGGCUGGGCCGAGACCUUCGUCGGGUGCUCAUUGUGGACAACUCGCCUGCCUCCUACGUUUUCCAUCCAGACAAUGCUGUACCAGUGGCUUCAUGGUUUGACAACAUGAGUGACACAGAGCUCCACGACCUCCUGCCCUUCUUCGAGCAGCUCAGCCGCGUGGACGACGUGUACUCAGUGCUCAGGCAGCCACGGCCUGGCAGCUAGUGAGGCGCCCUGGGGCCAGGACCUGCCCCUGACCACACCUAAACACCCUUCAUUCGUGGACUCCUCCUUAAGAAAACCCAGCAGCCUCGGCCACCUCAGCCCCAUGGAGAAGAGGGCAUCUCCCCCACCAGCCUGGCCAGGCAGCAAAGGGGGCAGCAGGCUGGGGUCCCUGCGUCAGUGCCUUAGAACCUCCUCCCUCUUCUCGAGGGACCUGUGGGGACCUUUGUGCCACUCCCCCUUUCUCUUUCUCUCUCUGUGCUACCAUGUUUCUCUGCUGCCAAAUUGGGCCCCUUGGCCCUUUCCGGUUCUGCUUGGGGGCGGGGCACCCACUGCUCCAUGCCUUGGGCCCCCAGCCUGGGAACGGUAGACACCAAGUGCCUUCCAUAGAGCCCUCUUCCCCACCUGGUUCUCCCAGGGCCAGAUAGGACCAGCUCGUGCCUGGAACAGUCUCCCGGCUGCUGGUGGGGGAAGAACCAGUCUCCCCACCUCCUCCCUAGGGACUGGUACAGCUCCCACCAUCGCUGCCUAGAAAUUGUGGGCAGGAGGGGAGAUCUGUUACCACUUGUGAAGGGAGCAGGGGGUCUGUUCUUCAAGACCCGGAGUCCAGCUUCUCUAGACUCAUCAGCCGUUGAAGGCUGCUCCCCACAUCACCCAAGCCCUGACCCCUCACAUCAGCCUUGACCAGCCCAAGGCCCUGGGGCUUGGCUCCGCCAGCUCUUUGAGUGUGGGGACAUAGGUAGGACUCCUUUGCGGUGCCAUAUAAAUAUGUAUAUGUGUAUAUAGAUUUUUAGGGGAAGGGGAGAGGGAAAGGUCAGAGUAGAAACAACCCUCCCUCACCCCUUUCUUGGGCCCAUAAAUUGGCGGGAGGGAGGGAAAGGAUUUUUACAUUUUUUAAACUGCUAUUUUCUGAAUGAAACAACUGGGCCAAGGGGCCCCAGGCCCUAUCCUCUGUCCCUCACACCCAUCUUGUUUUAUUCAUUCAUUCAUUCACGUAUUCAAAUCACAUUUAUUGAGCACCUUCUCUGUGCCCGGCCUUUGCUAGGCCAACCAGCUGAGUGGGGGGGGUGGUCUCAAUACCACCUAACCAGUGCCUCCCCCACCCACCCCAUACUUCACUGGUGCCUUUAGGGGAUCUGUAGGAGGUGGGACCCUUGUGGGGUUUAGGGGUCUUCCUGCCAAGCUGUCCCCCUCCCCCGUGCCAACCCACCCUCUACCGCCCCGCCUCAUCCCCUGCUGGCUGGGGGCAACUCCCAGGACAUCCUGCCUUCCAGCUCUGAGCCCUUUACUUGGAACCCCUCCCCCAAAUGCUGAGUCUGGAGGUCAAGGCCUUGGGCUCUUACCAGGGCCUAAUGGUUAGGGGGACCCACAUACCAGUGCCAAGGGGGGUGUCGAAUGGAGAUGUCAUUGUCCCUCCCCCCCCAGAGAGUUGGGGGGUGGGAAGGAGGACAUGGCUAUCUGAAUUGGGUGACCCUCCCAUUUAAGUGCCUUCUCUGUGAUGGAGAGCUCCUCAGUGUGAUGAGAACUAAAGAGAAAGCCAGACCCCUCA